AAAUAAAAAUGUGUACCUUUUCUAUUAGAUAGGGUUGCUGCUCUACAAAACCCUAAUCGCCCGAAGAUGGGAAAAGGAUUGCUUGAUCUGGAGAAGCACUUCGCCUUCUACGGUGCGUACCACAGCAAUUCCGUCAACGUUCUGAUCCAUGUCUUCUUCGUCUGGCCGAUCUUCUUCAGCUCUUUGAUCCUCUUCGAUCUCACCCCUCCAAUCCUCCAUGUCCCUCUCCUCGGCGGUUUCGAUCUUAAUUUUUCCUUCUUCUUCGCCCUCUUCUACGCUGUUUUCUACAUCUCCCUCGACAGAUACGCCGGUUCUUUUGCCGCUCUCCUCUGCCUUCUUUGCUGGUUUGGAAGCAAAUCUCUUGCAGCUCAGCUCGGAUUUUCUCUUGCAUGGAAGGUUGUUCUGGCUACUCAGCUGUUCUGUUGGACAGGACAAUUCAUAGGCCAUGGGGUCUUUGAGAAGCGAGCUCCAGCACUUCUUGACAACCUUUCUCAAGCUUUUCUAAUGGCUCCAUUUUUUGUCUUGCUUGAGCUGCUGCAGAGCCUAUUUGGAUAUGAACCAUAUCCAGGUUUCCAUGCAAAUGUGUUGAAGAAGAUUGAGGUAGAUCGAGAAGAAUGGCAGGCCAGGAAGCACAAGUAAUCUUCUUUUAACAUAGGAGCUCACUAUAAAAUCAGUUUCACCAUCUGUUGUGGCUACUUUAAUUUACCUAUUUAGUGAACUAUUACAGGUUUAUUAAUGUAUGUCUUGGAUGCUUAUAGCCGAAUGUUAGUUACUGUAUGAGAAUUACAGAAUAUUACUUCUUUUUUCUUCGGUUGUAUAGCUACACUUUUUUUUUAUAUUAUUAAUUAUUGAUGUGUUAUUUUUGAA